UCCCAUCAUGCAUUGGGUCAUGCAGUCGGUGGAGAGCAACUGCGGCGUCUGGCUCUAGAAUCUGCGACCGCCUCGCUCUCGUGAGGUCAUCGUGUCUCAUGUGUUCAUUAUGUCAGAGCAAGUCGGACACAAGUCUAACCGCCAUGCAUUGUGCGGCGACUGCUGGCGAUCGAUUCAGCGCAGGAGUGGCUCAUCUGAAACGAGCCUACAGACUUUACUCCCGUCUCGGAGUGCGUGGGUGUGGAGAAUGGGAUGGGGUCGGUUUAUGGUGUAACGUCACAUAAACGUAACCAAUGCGUGACUCAAGUUUCAACACGGAUGUAUUUAAUCGAAGGACAGCUGGUUCGCUCCGCCCGUAGCGCUCAGAGUUUUACUUCGACAGAACCGACAGAACAUCACUUUCUAUGUGUGUUUGUUGUAAUUAUACAGACAUCAUAUAAGUAGUGUUUUAAUCACCGGAUACAGUUUGUAAAGGAGUUUUUAUCCGACAGUGAAGGAAGGGAGGCGGAGUUUCUGAGGGAAGAAGAGUUUAUUUAACUUUAGAAGUGUUUCUAGUUGGUGGCCAUGGCGUGUGAAGGUAACGGUAUGUCAGAUGCGAGGAUCGGCGAGGCCCUGAUCAAAGAGGUCAUAGAGGAGGAGCUGAAGGACAUGUCCUCAGAGGACGUCCCACUGCUCACUCCGCUGGCUGUGGAGCUGAAGACUGAGCAGGAGCAGAAGAUGGUGACCCAACUGGGCAAAAUGAUCCGCAUCAUCGGCGACAGGGUCCGAGACGACAAGGAGUUCCAAGAUGCAAUCGAUGGAGUGGCUUGUUCCUCCAGCUCUAAGUGGGACCGCUUUAAGCAAGUGGCGAACAAAGUGUUUGAACAGGGGAUCACCUGGGAGAGGAUCGCUGUGCUCUUCUACGUUGCCGGCAAGCUGGCCGUCAAGAUGGUGGAGGCUCACCUCCCUCAGUCAGUGAAGGACAUCCUGAAGUGGACCGUGGACUUUUUCAGAAACAAUCUGCUGGGCUGGAUUGGGGAUCAUGGAGGAUGGAUCAACAGUUUUUCGGAGCUGGCGGUGGCGUCCGUGCAGAGUGUGUCGUCGUUGAGCUCCCACAGCUACGGCCCCGUCCUCAUCUUUGUCACCGGCCUGGCUCUAGGGAGCGUCAUCACCUGGAGACUAACCAGACGGCUCUGAGGCUCGCGCGCACACACACACACACACACACACACACACACACACACACACACACACACACACACACACACACACACACACACACACACCACACCACACCACACCACACCUGGGUCACCCUUAUGUUCAAAAAGUAAUUCUAGGCAUUUGACCUGAUUAUAGAAGAGCAGCCUGGUGUCCUAAAAAAAUACGUUUCCAUACAACAAAACAAAAUUUUCAAUCAAAAAAUGUAAUUAAUACUUUUUUUAAAUCUUUUUACCUAUCACAAAUACAUUCCUUUAAUUUCUGUAUCCUUCUUCCUUUUAGCAAUUCUACCCAAAAGUCCUUCUUUUUAGAGACUUUUACCAAAAGGGAACGAUUACAUUAUAACAUUUACAUUCGUAGUGUUUACAGAACAUUUGUAACAAACGUAUGUAUUUUAAGCCAAAUCUUGAUGUUUUACUAAAUUUUGCAUUUUUAUUUGGUGGUGUUUCAAUUCACAAAUGCGACUGUAAUCCGUGAAGAAAUACAUUUGCCUCACAGCGUAAUUGAGAAUGCAAAUAAGUUGUAUGGUAAGAUAACUUUGUGGGAGAGGCUUGAACAGAUGGUUUGUUAAUCAGAUCUGUCAUGUGCUGAUCACAUGUUGCCAUGCGACGGUCCAAUCAGUGAAAUGUGCCUGAGCCACUCUACACUUCUACCUUCGCUAGUGUUGUCUAUGCAAAUUUGAAAGAAACAUUGUGUCAAAGAUAGUCAGUAUUUUUCUAGAAAACAUUCUGUAUCAUGUUAAACUGAUGACUCUCUGAUGACUCUCUGUGCCCUCAGAGUGAUCAUGAGACAGAAAAUCCAAAAGUGUCGGUUAGGUUGAGGCCUCUGGUUCACAGCGGAGAACACUGCAGGUGACCACUCUGAUGGAGGAGUGUUUUUUAAAUGUGAUGUAGCAAUCAAAGAAUAAGCAACUAACUAAGUUAAGAUGAAACUAUUUUGUAGGUUUUGCUUUUGAAGACCAGAGUCAGACAGAAGUUUUAUACCAGCACAGAUCCAGCUCAGGUGUCAUAUCUCAUGUUUAAAUACAUUUCUUUUUCCCAGUAUAGGCUUCCAUCUAGUUGUAGACUAGUGGAGCUGUAGGGCUGAUUAACGAUGACAUAAAGAGUUUCUUUAUGUCUCUGUAUUGUGGAUCAUUUUAGGGGCGUCACCAUUUUAACUCUAAAUCAAUUAUCAGUCCAAAUGAGCUUUCAGUUUUGAUCUUCCUUAUUUAUUUAUUUUUCUUUCCACCCAUGCAUACGCACUUCCUAAAGAACACAACAACACGGUGCAGCUUAGCCUGCAGCUGCACCUUUCGACACAGAAACCACAGAACUAUAACAUCCUCUUGCUUCACCGAAGUCACCAGCUUGGCAAUGCGCUGCCUUCCCCGUGAGUUACUGUAUGUGAACAACGAGCGCAUCGUUGACAGAAAACCUACAGCUCGUAGGCCGUCCUACACCAAGGCCGUUUCCAUAAGUGCAACAUAUUUAGUAGAUGGAUUCUUCCUUGGACCAUGCGACACUCUUCCAAGCUUCAUGAAAGUCUGUCCGGUAGUUCUUCUGUUCUGCUGCUGACAGACGACUGGAAACGUAACCUCAUGGUCUCAGGUGUGUUCAGUGUCUGUGAAGUCCAUUUACAAACAUGUACGGCUGCAUAUUAUCAUCUUUUUUUCCUCUUCUUUUUUUAACCCCAUUACUUUUAGUCCUUGAACAAUGGUGCCUUUUUAAAAUGAUAAAAUCAUGGUGUGAAUAUAAACUCCUACUUACAACCUCUGUACUCCACUGGUUUACUCUUAUGGUGGUAUUGCAGUGUAUUUGCACAGAAUCGGUUGUUUAUUCGUGACCACUUUUGAAGUUCUAUUUAACAUGACCAUGAAGUGAUGUGGAAGGUCUGAUUGUAGAAUGUGCCCUGUGAGCUUCACUUUCCAAAUGAUUUCUAAGUGUGCCUUUGAGCAGCUGUUUCCUUUACCUUGGUGGAGCAACCAAUGCUUUUCACCAAAGAUGGAGACAAAAACAUUAAAAUCCAGGUCGUCAAAGAUUGCCAAUAUAAGUGUUUGAUCUUUUAUUUGGUGAUUUCUGGCAGUUGUAUAGCAAUAGCAAUGUACAGCUAAGGUACAGCUGCUCAUUGAGCGGUAAACUGUGAUGGCUGAUGUUAUGAGCCAGUUCACAGAUAAAUGUGUCUCCAGAGAAUAGCAGUAAAUGCUAAAUGUAUGUUUGAGGUCAUCAAGAAGCAGUGUGUGCAUUACAUACUUUGUCCACCAGAGAGCGCUGGUUUACUUGUACAUUGGUCUAUUUCUUGGUCUCAAUUCUUUGAAAUUAAAGGCAUUCUUUUAUCAAAA